GCGCACAGUCUUCUUCAAAACUCCGGCGAGUAUUGUUUCCCCCAAGUGCAUCGACGACAACUGGAAAUAUGAAUAUUUUUAUUGUUCUUGUGGUGGUAUCGAUGUUUUUAAACUUUAUACAGGCCGCACCCAGCGUGGAUAUUUCCAAUGAUGAAUUAUUGGAUGGAAAAUACCUGUGUGAAGCCGGCUCAAAGAAAUACGAUGGACCAUUUAUAGUUAGAUUGAUUUCCGCUGCAAAUGGACAAACCGUCGUUUGCUACGAGUGUCAGUUGGAUUACAAGGCCAAGUAUAAUGUGAAAUCCUGCUUGGAUCGGAGAAUCGGUGGCAACAGCCAUCACCGGGACAUGGUGCCGUACCUGGUGAGAAUGGACCCCAUAUACAGCAAGGACAGCGCCGCAUGGGGCAGCAAGCUAAAGAGGAACUUUGACGAAAUCGACAAGGCCUCGGCCAGCUUCAGCAUAUUGAACCAGCUUGUCUAGUGACGACAACUCCACCCUUGGACUUUCAGAUUAUAAAUGAUCACGGAUACGAAUCGAUCGCGUCACGCCUAAAAUACUGCUUCAUGUCAAGGGAUUAUAUAGAUAGUUUGUAAACAAAACUCAUCCUCAUCUCACCUACUUUACUGAAUGUGAAUAAAACGAUUCGUACUUGUUAUUAA